CCACAUGUUAGCAGGCGUUGCAUCACUUCCGAUCGCCACUGCCACCACAUACGAGUUGUAUGCACACAGUCCGUGAUCGUAUUUCAUGAACCCACAAUAAAGACGUUUAAUUCAAUUUUUUUUCUCGAUUAAUUCGCAUACAAUUGCUGCUUAUUGUUGGCAGGUACGAUGCAACUAAAAUCUAAGCACGCUUCAAAUGGAUUCCAUAUUAACUGGAUUAAUCUGAUCGACAACGAUACGGGAGUAGUAUUGUGGUAUACCAAUGAAAACUACGCACUGCCUGGUAUAGAACACGAGGCCAUAAUGCCUAGAAAAGUAUUGGAUUGUAGAGCUAUGACCAGAACCAUACACUUUUCAUCCGAGCAUCGAAUAAAUCAUCUUAAGUUAAAACACAGGGAGUUUUUACAGGGAUGUUGCAUUGAAGAAUGGGAUUCUGAAUUCGGUACUGUUUUAGCCAAAACGGCUGAAACUUGGGAAACUACUUUUAUACCUAGCCAAGGAAGUACAUCGUCAUAUGCAAAUGUUUUAAGUGGUAAUUUGUUAAUAGAAACAAAUUUCUAUGAUGGUGAUAAAUUGAUAACAUCAUCAAACAUCUUAAUGUUUUAUGAAUAAACAUCAACUCCGGUGCAGAUUGACAUCUUCACUUAGUAGGUUUACAAUAUUGGGAACAAGAGAUUUAUUUUUAUAAUACUGAAAUUUUAAUUUCAAACCUAUUUUCUUUU